UUUGCACACAUAAUAUCAAUAUGUGAAUGCAGAAAAAGUCCAAAUUUCCAGCCUUGCAUGAGGGUCCAUAUCUUCUAGACUUGGAGUAUAUUAAAGAGUUGACUGGAUGAUAACUUAUCUGGAUCCCAAAUUAUACAGUUUUAGUAGUAUAAUAUAUUCAUAAUUCAUUCUAUCAUUUUUUUCAGCUUUCAGCUGCUACAAUUAUCCAUCUUGUUCACUUCAAUCACUUUUUUCCUGGUUAUUUAGUUUCUGGGUUUUUUUUUUUUUUUUUUGCAGAGCUUGUACAGUAACAGGAACUUUCAGUCAGAAGAGAACACCCUGCAUUGUAGUUUACAUUUGGAGCAUCAACCCAGAUUCUUCAGCAUCUACACAGGAUGUCAGGAGGGUCAGUUGGGAUGGAUAUCUUAACUGGAGGAGCUGGGCAAGCAGCUGGAGCACUGGUUGGUCCAGCAGCAGAUGCUAGUAAAGGGAUAUACAAGUGUCUGAAGCGCAAAUAUUACUAUAUCAAGUACUUGGGUCGGAACUUUGAAAACCUCGAGAAAGAAGCAAGAUAUCUGUCUAGCCGAGAGAAAGAUGUGAAUAAUGAGAUUUUUAGGAACCAGGUAAUGAGGGAGAAGACUCAUGAAUGUGAGACUUGGCUGGAAGAUGUCAGUAAAAUGACAGAUGAUCUGAAAGAUCUGAAAAUUAGAUAUCAGAAAGCUAACAAUGGCUCUUGUGGACCCUGUUUAUUGCACACUCGUCUGAAGCUCAGCAGAGAGGUUGUAAAAAUGACCACGUCUGUUGUUGAUCUCAAAGAUCGGAUGAAACUUGAUGAUAUCUUACUGAGAGAUCUACCUGUAGAAAGAAUUGAGAAGAAAUUUCCCAAGAAAAUAGAUGUUCCAACACAAAGUGAAAAUGUGGAGAGACUCCUAGAGUUUCUUAAAGAUGACAGCAUAAAGAAAGUUGGAAUAUGGGGGAUGCCUGGAGUAGGUAAGACAACAAUUCUAGAAAAUCUGCAUGACGAAGUAGGAAAGCUUAAGAUAUUUGAUAUUGUAGUUUGGGUGACUGUGUCGAAGGAGGGGGGUCCUCGUCAGAUACAACGGGAAAUCUUGAAGCGAUUGGGUGUGAAAGGGGAAGGGAUUGAUGCUGAAAAUCCAGGUGCAAGUUUGAUAUCAAGAUCACUGGCAAAUAAAAAAUAUUUGCUUCUUUUAGAUGAAGUUUCCUCAAUAAUUAACUUGCAUGACGUAGGAAUUUAUGAAAGUGAUAUGCAAGGGAAAGUGGUGAUAGCAACAAGAGAGAGAAUCAUUUGCAACAUGAUGGAGACGGAUGAAGAGAUCAAAGUGGAAAGACUGUCAAAGAAUGAUGCCCGAAAGUUGUUCCGUGAUGUUGUAGGUGUAGCAUUUGAGUAUCCAGGAAUCAGGCCAAUAGCUGAAAAGGUGCUUAAACAGUGUGGAGAGUUGCCGCAGCUCAUCAGAGCUGUAGGAAUCCAUUUAAAAGGAAAGUUUAGCGAAGAUCUUUGGAGUAACACAUUAUCGAGGUUGCAGUCCCCGAGUAUGGAUCAGCUGAAGCAUACGCAAGAAGUUUUUUCCGCUUUCAAACUCAUCUAUGAUGACUUGCAGGAUAGUCUAAAGGACUGCUUGCUAUAUGGAGCUUCUUUUCCAGAAGAUUAUGAGAUUUAUAAAGACUAUUUGGUUGAAUGUUGGAAGGCAGAGCAGUUAAUUGGGAUUGGUCAGACAUUGAAGAAAGCUUGUGCAGAAGGACAUUCAAACUUGGAUACUUUGAUGGACAGAUGCCUAUUUGACAGAUGUAAGACCACAAAAUAUGUGAAGAUGCCCAUCAUAUUUAGAAAUGCAGCUCUAAAAAUGGCUUAUGUUCGAAAGUUUGAGAUAUUGGUCAUAGAUGGUGAAGAACCAGAGAGUCAUCCUCCCCUUGAGAAAUGGAAGAAUGCCAGAGUUGUCUCUUUGAUGAACUCUGAUUUAGUAGACUUGCCUGAGAAUCCUGAAUGCCUUACGGUUUCAACUUUAUUUCUUCAGAAGAAUGAAAGCUUAUCAACAAUACCAGCAUCUUUCUUUAAUAGAAUGCCCACCCUUAAAAUUCUUGAUUUGUUUGGAACGGGCAUCAAAUUUCUCCCUUCAUCUAUUUCCGAGUUAACCAACCUUACAGGGCUUUAUCUUAAUGACUGCCACCAACUGGAGGAUCUACCUGUGGAUAUGAAGAAGCUCCAGAAUCUUGAAGUCCUUGACAUUCGUCGCACUGGGGUUCAUGGUUUUCCUGAGGUGAUUGAGCAGCUAACUUGUCUUCGAUGUCUGCGAGUCUCGUUCACUAGUUAUUUGAGCAACCAAAACCAUGCUGCAUGCAAUGGUGAGGAUAAAUAUCCAUCCAAAAUCCUUCAAUUACCUAUCCAAUUGGAAGAUUUAACCAUUGAUGCAGAUCCAAAGGAUCCAAGGUGGAACGAGAUAGCACCAGAAAUUGCUGUACAACUGGCUGGUUUAAAGAAGUUGAGUUCUCUUUCAUUCUACUUCCCAACCGCAGAAGCACUCGAAGCUUUCACUCGAACUAGCAUCUCUUGGAAGAACGGAAAUGGGAUAAACUUUAGAUCAUUCAAUAUAUAUGUGGGUUCUCAUGGGACCCACAACUCACCGCAGUUUAGUGCUUCUAUAUGCUCAGGUCGGCGAUAUCUUCACUAUUCUGAAGGUACAGAUACACCAAAUGUAAUCAAAGAGGUGCUCUUGGUCACUCAUGCUUUCCAACUCAUUGAGCAUCAGAACAUUACAAGCUUCUCAGACUUUGGUAUUGAUGAGAUGGUAAGUUUGGAAGUGUGCGAGGUGAAAGAAUGCAAUGCAAUGACAACUGUCGUAAGUAGUUGUGUAGCAGAAACUCGUGCAUUCCCGUGGCUCAAGGUGCUGCAUUUACUCAAGUUGCAGCAACUUACUGAAAUUUGCCAAGGCCCUAUUUCUUCAGACAGUUUUGCAAAUUUGACAACUUUGACCGUGUAUGAUUGUCCCAAUUUGUUGAAAAUUGUUUCAGGGGAGAUGGGCAAACAACUCAAAGAGCUACAAUACUUGAGAGUAGAGAAGUGUUCUCAAGUUGUAGAAGUAAUUGAGAUGGACCCUCAGUGCAAUGGGACUGACACAUUUCCCAAGUUGAAGAUUCUAGAACUUGUUAGCCUUGAAAGACUUGUUAACAUUCAUACAUGUGAUUCAUUUGAAUGGCAUGCACUGCGGCAAGUCAAUAUUGUUGAAUGUGAAAAACUCGUCAAUCUUCGCUUGAACAAAAUGAAUGCUACAAAGUUACAUUGUAUCACAUGUAAUCAAGCUUGGUGGGGAUCGCUGAUGCUGAAUGACGACGUCAGAACACAUCUUCAAGCCUUUUGUUGCUUCAUUUAGCAAAACUAGAGUGAAUAAUGUCAGUUUUAAUUAUUAAAUUUUAGUUUUCUGAUGAUCGCUCUGUGCUUAUUCGGCCAUCAUAUACACUCGGGAUUCAAAUAGAUGUAUCAUGCAACUUUGUACUAAUUUUAUCUACAUGAAACGAAUUAAUUGGUUACGGUACUGUA